AUGGAUUCGUGUGAAAAAUUGUUUGUCGGAGGAUACGGCAGUUAUGAAACGGAGCACAAAUUGUUGAACAGCAUGUACGAUGACUCCGUUAUGCGUUCCUGCAUUCUGAACAUCAAAACGAAUUUCGUCAAUCCUGACAACCCGAACGUUGAGUCAGAUUUAACUUUUGUCGUAGGAAAAACUGGCGCGAAGAGAUUAGAGUUCAAUGUCCAUAAAUCUGUUCUUUCACAGGCUAGUGUAGUGUUCAAAAUUAUGCUGGACGGCGCUUUUUCAAAGAAGAAGGAAGUAAAAAAAGUUACAAUUGAAGACGUCGAACCGCCUUCAUUCAGCAAUUUUCUAACAUUUGUAUAUCAUGAAGAAUUAACACUGAACGAAGAUAAUAUACUGGAUCUGGUGCAUCUCAGUCACAAAUACAUGAUGAAAGAUUUGUUCGAUAUGUGUUUCGAAUUUUUAGUACAAUACGUUUCACCGGAGAACUUUCUUCCCAUCUUCGAAAUUGUUCUCUUCUACAAUGAUGUCGAUACCAAAGAUAUAUUGUUAAUGUAUUUCCGAGUGAACGCUUCCGAAAUAUUAAAUCAUUCUUCUAUAAAAUUUGCGCCAAAACAUAUUUUAAUAUAUCUGUUGCAGACAGAAGCUGUUAACGUGAAAGAAACAGAAUUUCUCAAGGCUUGUGUGAAGUGGGCGAAGCACAAAUUGAGCAUGAAGAAAAUCGAGUUUGAUAUGACAAAAGACAUUUACAAUGAAAUGUGCGGAGAAAGCGAAGCAAAUUGCUGUUACAUUUUUAACAUGAAAAUAAGAGAUAUCCUGGGCGAUGAAAUUGUCAGAAAUAUUAGAUUCCCGACAAUGACGAAGCAAGAAUUUCAUGAAGCAAUAAAACUCGCUCCAGUACUUACCCAGUCCGAAAUAAAUCACAUCAACCGAGCGAUUGCGCUCGGAAAGUUAGAUGAAGAUCUUUCAUUUUCCAUGAAACCUCGUCAAACAUUAAAAGAGACAUGCGUAGAUAGAUUUGACACGAUGAAAGUAAGUGGUGAACAGGUUCUGGGCCUCGAUUUCUUAUAUUUCAGCACAAAAGCUAAAAUUUUUAUGACCGGGGUUGGCGUCGUGAAGAAGAAAACUUCGUCAGCUGUAAACGUUAUAAUAUCGAGACUAGGGUCCGAUUACGAAAACAACAAGCUGAUCGGGAUGGGUACUUAUCCGUUCAAGAAAGAAGUUUACUCACCUAUGAAGGCAGUUUUCAAAAGGUGCCUUCUCUUGGAACCAAAUCAGAUAUACGUGGUAAAACUGGCUUUCGUCAAUGAAGACUCGAAUUCGAAAGCUAAAUAUAAUCUUAUAGAAAUGGAUACAGCAGACGACAAAAAUUGCCAACCACACAAAAGAAUUGUUCCGAGCAGAACGGAAAAUCUUCUUGUUUUUCAUCAACCAUAUUUGGAUUUUGUAUUCUACAACGUGCCUCAGAUUUAUUACGUGCAUUUGUAA